AUGAACGAUGAUCGCCGGCCACCAGCACUGGCGGCGGAAGCGGGAAGAGUCAGUCUGCGCGGCGAAUCUGCAGCCGACGGCGGCAGCGGAGUCCCCCUCCCCCCAGCGGAAUCUGCAGACGCGGCGUCUCCGCUUCCCGAGACCGCCGACCUCUCAGCGCGAAUCCCCACUAGAGGAGCGAUGACCGCAGCCGCAGCGUUAGCGCAAUGCAGCGGCGGCGCGGGAAGCACUCCUAUCGCCAACCGAAACGCCGCCGCGGAAAAUGGGGCGGCGUUGUUAAUAAGCAGCUCUCCGAGCAGACACGGAUUUUUACGGCCCACACCAUGGCUCGAUCGCGCGACCUUUCCACAUUGGAUGCUCGGAUCUGCAACUGCGACGCCAGUGGAUCAUAAUAGGGGGGUUGCUGCCAGUUAUUCUAGUAGCGGCGACGUUGUCCCUUCCCCUGCAACAGCGGCGGCGGCGCGGGAUUCGGCGCUCGCCUCCAGCGGGGCCGCCGCCGCCGCCGCAUUGCCGCUUGCGCCCUUCGCGUCCGCCAUGGACGCUCUCCGCGCGACGUCCCACCGCACGUGGGAGGCGGCGGCGCGCAGCGCGGCGGCCGAUUUGCCUUCAGCGGCGGAAGAUCGUUCGGCGCAAGAAGGCGGACUCGACGGCGGAAGCAGCAGCGUCGCGUUGCUAGAUCUUGCUAUGCAGGCCGCAAUGCGGCCUGUUUUUUCAGGCGCACAUCGCCCUUUGUUCCCCUCCCCCUUCCGCGCACCGCCCCAUAGUAUGCUACCUAUGACCUUCUCAAUGGCUUCCCCCAUCGUUGCUAGCGCCUCCACCGCUUCCGCCGACGCUGCAACGCCCGCCCCGGGGCCGCCGCACCUACCGUUUCCCCCUCAGAUCUCGCGCCUGCCCGCGGAUUCUUGCGCCUUUCCGCCCCAGUUCUCCGCCGAUCCGCGCCUGUUCCUCACGCGGCUAACCCAACUGCAAGCCGCCGACACCGUCGGCGCAGCCGCUGGCUCCGCCUUCGCCGCCUCCGCCUCCGCGGGUGACCCAGCUGGUGCUGUUGCAGCGCACGCCGCCGCCGCCGCAGCCAUUGCAGAGGGGGAACCCCGCGCUGCAAGCUUGAUGGAUGAGGGGAAGCGGGAAGAAGGGGGAGGGGUGGUGGCGGUGGGAAGCAAGGGGGAAUGGGGCGGGGGGUAUGAUCAUGAUGGGAGAGGUGGCGGUGAUCUGGGCGGCAUGGAUGACGUGGACGCAAUGAUGAAGACAGAGAGUGAUGCUGACGUGGCAAGUGGUGACAACAGCGGUGGCGGUUGCAGUGAAGAUGAGGAGGACGAUGGGCAUGGGGGGGAUGAGGGGCAUGGGGGACAGGAGGGGCAGGAGAGGCAUGGGGGACAUGGGGGGCACGGGGAGCAUGGAGGGAACGGUAGGGGGCAUGGGGGGCACGAAGAAAAAGCAGGGGAAGAGGUGAAAGGGCAACUGCAGCAGUCGCGGCAAGCUAGACAAACGCAGAAUCAGCGUGGGCCUCAAAGGCUUUCCCGCGGCUCCACUAGGGCGGCCAGUGGUCCUCACCAGACCAGGAAGCGCAAGCCAGUGGUGCAUGCAGGGAGCCGCUCAGUGGUGGCAGAGGAUGGCUAUUUUUGGCACAAGUACGGCCAGAAGACUGUCAUGGACCGUGCAGUUACCAGGUAA